AUGGGUCAAGUCAAGAAGUACGCCUUCCGGCGUCGCCUGGAGAAGCACAACUACUCCCUGCUGGGCGCCGAGCUCAGCGACUCCGACGCCGACGAGACGCCGGUGACCCCCGCGAUGGAGGCUGCCGCGGCCGCCGGGCUCGACGCGUCGGCGCUGUCGCACAUGGAGGAGCGCGAUUUCGCGCACGUCACCAGAGGCGGCGCCGAGAGGAUCGCGCAGUACCUCAGCGUCAGGUGA